CAAACGUGGAACCAGGAAAUGCAAACAGGAAUUGCAAGGAAUUGCAACCUUUUUGUAUGGUUGUCAUAGGACUAAAACAACGUUUGCCGUUGUCCUUGUCCUGCAGGAUUAUCAGAACAAAAGUCCAGCAGCCCUUCCAUCCGUCUCCUGAUGGAACAUCGCUCUCAACGCCGGGCCACACCAUCGUACCAAGCACAGUGUCUCCACCGGUAACUACCGCCUCCAACGACCCGGUCGGCUCGUACUCCAUCAACGGCAUUCUGGGAAUUCCACGAUCAAACGGCGAGAAGAGGAAAAGAGACGAAGGUGAGAGAGAAUUCUAUGGUUCAGAUGGUUCAGGCCCAAACAGUGAUUCUCAGGGUAGUGUGGAGAGUUUACGGAAACACCUCAGGGCCGAUGCCUUCACGCAGCAGCAGCUGGAAGCGUUGGACCGGGUGUUUGAGCGGCCGUCGUACCCGGAUGUCUUCUCCACGCCGGAACAUAUCAAACCCGAACAGGCUAAUGAGUACUCGCUGCCUGCCCUGAAUACCGGCGGCAUGGACGAAGUCAAGCCCAGUUUAUCCUCCAGCGCCAACCCAGACCUGGGCCCCAGCGUGUCGCAAAACUACCCUGUAGAGGCCUUCAUCCCUCCGACACCCUCCUCAUCGUGUAUUACACAGGAGCCAUACGAGGCUUCCAUGGCUCCCUUCACCCCCAUCUCCUCCUCCUCCUCCUUCUCCUCCUACACCACCUCCACCUCCACCUCCUCCUCCUCCUCCUCCUACCCGUCCUCCCUGGCUUGCCUGGGCCUCGCCGACCACCAGCACAGCCACCCUGCCGCCCUCUCACUGGAGGCCCCGGCCCAUUCAUUCCCGGGCCCCCGAGCCCCCCGCAACACCCAGUAUGCUCACCAAGCUAUACUAGCAGGUCGGGACAUGGCCAACACCACCUUACCCGGGUACCCCCCCCACGUCCCACCUACAGGCCAGGGCAGCUAUCCAACCUCCACCCUCGCUGGAAUGGUUCCUGGGAGCGAGUUUUCGGGAAACCCCUACUCUCAUCCACAGUACACAAGUUACAACGAGGCAUGGCGAUUCAGCAACCCAGCACUACUAAGUUCCCCUUAUUAUUAUAGUGCCGCAUCGAGAGGCUCCGCCCCUCCCACUGCUGCCACUGCCUAUGACCGUCACUAGUUACCAUGGAAACCAAAUCAAUCUUCAGGACCAUGGGCUCGGCCUCCGUAUUGCCCCGGUGUGAGCGGCACGGUCGGCUGGACACUGGGCGAGUGUAGCCCCCGCUCACACAAUGAGGAACUAAUCUUUUUGUUUUCGCUGGGACUUCAAACUGGAAACUUCUCACUCCACAAUUUUCCAACGUUCAACAUCAACCCCCUCCACAACUCAUCCCAGUCCACAAGACGCUCGAUAUUCCCAGAGACGUUGAUGACUGACAUUGUCAUGAAGUACAAAAUCCAGUGACUCCAGUAAUUCAAAAUGAGGAGAGCUCAUUUACAAAGAGCCAUCAACACGCUGAGACAGCUUUUGGAAGGUUCCAGCACAAGUUUUAUUUAUUUUUUUGUUUCUCCGUCACGGAACAUCCACGAGACGCUGUACGUUCUCCGUGGAACGUAUCAAGAGGUCUGCCCCCCGUGAGCUUGCAGUCUAUCAGCUUCCGUCUCCCCGUCGGUCUUCCACUCACAGGGCCGUGCAGCGAGAGAGAGGCGAGCAUAGGACAUUGGUGAUGCCAACCGGGGUGGUGGCUGUUGUGUUUUUCUAGGAUUUUUACGUUGAUCCAUCUUGAACUUGCAGUUACUAAUUAACCAAACCAACCCCGACAUUCAGCAUGAAUAUUGCGCUUCAACGGAUGCUGUGAGAAGAUUAGGAUAUGUUCUCUGUGAAACACAAUCAAGAUGUAAAAAUAAAAGUACAAAAAAAAAUAUGAUGAAGCAUUGAUUUAAAAAAAGAAAUGGAGGGAGCCAUGAACCUAUAUUAUUAUGGCCCUCUGUUUGCAAGGUUUCAAUAAACUAGUAAAUAUAUUCUUAAAAUAAUUUUUUAUUUCAUUUUUAUAAUUGGUAAUGACUUGUGUUGUCUUACUAUAGCAGACUGCUUGACGAUAGCAUUUUCGAUUUCUUUAUCAGGAUCAAAAAAAUUAAACGGAUCAUCCAGGCAACAUCUUUGUGUUAAUUUUGCACUAUUUUGGAGGUUUGCCUCAUUGCUGAGGCAGGAUGAUGCCUACAGCGAUGAGGACGGGGUUUGAUUGAGUAUGAUGUGCGAAGGCAAAAGCGAAUCGAAAAACAUUUUUGGGAAGUGAAAAAGGCACUUGUGGUUUCAAAUGGUUGUUGUUCUUCACUCUGAUAUGCAUUUGUAAUUAAAGGCUUUAGUAAUGGUUUACUACUGUUUGACAGGCCCGCUGGAUUUAUUUUGUUUGUUAUGUCACUGCCUUUACAUGCACUAUUGCUAUUUACAGUACGUUGGACCUUAUGAACCCUCCUUUUUAAGUUGAUUAAGUCUUUGGCAUUUAACUACAGCAUUGGAUUUGAGUCUUUCAAAAAACAAUUUUCAAAUCAACAUUGCUGUUGCUACAUUUGACAGCAAUUAUGCAAACAAGGCUAUAAAUACAUUAACCAAAUUCACUCUGAUAACACUCUUAGUCAACAAUGAAGCAAAUAAUUCAGCGAACAGCAGGACCAUUUUUCCGUUAAUGCCUUAAACCUGUUUUCCUGCAAGCACACACGACUCUGUGUGUUUUUAAGCCAAGGUGUUGUGAAGGUGAAAUUUGUCUCGUAAAAAUCAAGGGAUGGACUGUUUAAAAGAUCCCUCAGACAAUUGCUGCAACUGAAUGUAUUUAUUGCAUUUGCCAAAGACUUAUUUCUCGUUAUUGUUUAUUUACAGCCUCCCUAUAAUCGUCAUGAGAGCAGUAUUAUUAUUAUUAUUAUUGGUAAAAACACCCAUUCUUCAUGAUGAAAGUAUAUGUAUAAAUUCUAUGCAGUGCAAAGAUGGUCCUCAUAUGCAUAUUGAGCUGUCACCCUAAAGGUAGGUGGAUAUUAUUUAAUGUUAUUUACAAAUUGUUCGUUAUUAGAUUAUUAUUUUUUCGGUGAGUGUUGUGUGAAGACACCCCUUCUGUAAAUACAGUCAAAGAAAACUUGUCAUUCUUGUUCAUUGGUAUUAUCACUUUCAUUAUACUGGUCUCACUUGUACAAAAAUAAAAGUGUCUGAAAUCUUUUACGUAAA